AUGGGAAACGAAGCAAUCUUCGUGGAAGAAGCGAAGAAAUGGCUUCAAGAGCUCGGGCGGAGACGCUUCAACCAAGAUAUCCAAUACAUAUCGCUUCAAGGUCUCCAGAUCGUACAGGCCCAGAGGGAUUCGAUACUCUUCAAUCAAAUCCUUCACAAAGAAUUAGCUGAUAGAAGAGGGAAUUGUCAUGUGGGAGCCAUAGCUUCCAUAAUCGAUGCAGUUGGGGCGACAGCUAUAGCGACUUACACAGGGGACCUCAAAGUCUCUGUUGAUUUCAACAUUUCCUACUUCUCAACGGUUAAGAUCGAGGUUUCUUCUUCCUCCGUUUCAAUUCCCAAUUGCUCUUCAGCUUAUUCUUACCAAUUUGAAUUCCAUAGAACAGAAGAGGUGGAGAUUGAAGCUAAGGUGGUAGCACACACAGGAAAACUUUCAUUGACGACAGUGGAGUUUAGGAGGAAGAAGGAUGGAGUGGUGGUUGCUUUGGGUAAGCAAUGGAUGUCUCAAAUCAACGCCAUUCCAGGUCUUCAAUCUCUCCGAACUAGGCUUUGA